AUGCUUACCAACUUGAUCUUCGCAGUCGAAACGCACAACGCCGAAAAACAGCUGGAAUGCUCUCGGACGAUCGAGGCUCUCGAGGAGGAUCUCGUUGACAUUCGAAAAGAUUUCCUCGCCGUCCACGCCGGCUUGGGGUUUUGCACCCAAUUUUGGUCUCUUGUUCGGACCGUUUUUUCCUCAAGCAUCUCUGCGCCCGUGCUGGCCGACGCGGAGAGAGAAGACUUUGAUAGCGCUUCCACAGUUCUCUCGUCGAUGACAAUCGAUUCGCUGAUCCACAGGCGCUCCAGCGCGCCCCGCAGAAACAAAGUGCAGCCCAAGAAGAAAGAGACGAAAGAGGAGAAAGAAGGCAAAAGCGAUACGCGGGCGAGUGUACAGGCACCUUCCGGGCGAGGAGAAAGUGCCGACGCUGAGACCGACACAGAAGGAGAAGAAUCAGGAGAGACAGAAGAAAUAGAAGAGGAGGGCGAAGAAAUAAAAGAGGAGGGAGAAGAAUCAGAAGAAGAGGGAGAAGAAUCAGAAGAGGACGGGGAAGAAUCAGACGAGGACGGGGAAGAAUCAGACGAGGACGGGGAAGCAUCAGAAGAGAGAGAAGAGGCCGCAAGUGAUGAAGAUGGAUCGGCAGCCGGCGAGAGAGCGUUGCUGACGGAGGCUGAGGAGGCGCGUCGCCUGGUUCGUCUUUCGUCGUGUUCGUCUCUCUCCUCUGUUGCUGUCUCGGAAGUUGAAGAAGAUUCCAUUGUUAAGGAGGCGCUUCGAGAACGCCGAGAGCUGUGCGCGUCUGAACCCUCGGGGAUUUCCAAAGAAAGAGCAAACGAAAAACACCGCAGGACGGAGGCGACAACUUGGAGAGGAACCCUGAUGGAAGGCGCCCUGUGGGGACACCGCUUCGAGCAACUGCAGAAAAGAAAAUUGAUCAAUUCUGCAAAAGUUCUUCAACAGUAA